UGUAGAACAUAAGGUGGGGUUGAUAGUACUGCCUCUUUCUGCGUACUCGUGUGUCUGGGGUACUUGACAGUGAAUUUCCAUCCUUAAGUGUUCAAUCGCUGUGUGGGUCUGUUACCUUCAGCAAUGAGUGAGGUCGUAAAGAAUACGGAAGGGCUUUCCCUGGGGGAAAUGUACAUAUCAGAAAAGCAAGGUGAUGACAACACUGGAGAUGGAACAAAAGAAAAACCUUUUAAAACUGUUUUGAAGGCUAUGAAAGCUGUAGGUGCAGAACCGUUUCCUAAUUUUUAUGUGGACUCACAGAAAGAAAAUGAGCGCUGGGAUGUUAUAUCUAAGUCACAGCUAAAAAAUGUCAAAAAAAUCUGGAUUAGAGAAAACAUGAAGAAUGAAGCAAAGUUAGAGAAGGAGAUUGAAGAUCAGCUGCGUAGAGAAAAGAACCUUGAAGAAGCUAAGAAGAUGGUCAUUAAAAAUGACCCAAGCCUACCGGAGCCUAAAAAGGUGAAGAUUAGCUCAUUGGAACAGCAUCGAGACCAACGUGUUAAGGUGUUUGGCUGGGUCCACAGGCUGCGAAGGCAAGGAAAAAAUCUUAUGUUUAUUGUCCUUCGGGAUGGUACAGGAUUUCUUCAGUGUGUCCUUUCUGAUAGCUUGUGUCAAUGUUACAAUGGACUGGUCUUGUCUACAGAGAGUUCAGUUGCAGUAUAUGGAAUACUGAAAUUGGUUCCAGAGGGCAAGCAGGCUCCUGGGGGACAUGAAUUGAUAUGCGACUACUGGGAGUUGAUUGGCUUGGCCCCAGCAGGAGGUGCUGAUAAUCUGCUGAAUGAAGAAUCUGAUGUUGAUGUACAGUUGAACAACAGACACAUGUUGCUGAGAGGGGAAAAUAUGUCCAAAAUUUUUAAAGUGCGCUCUGUAACUACACAGUGUUUCCGGGACCAUUUCUUUGACAGAGAAUACAAUGAAAUCACGCCACCUACAUUUGUCCAAACACAAGUAGAAGGGGGUGCCACAUUGUUUAAGCUGAAUUAUUUUGGUGAAGAGGCAUACUUAACUCAGUCAUCCCAGCUGUAUCUGGAGACGUGCAUUCCAGCUCUGGGGGAUACAUUCUGCAUUGCCCAGUCUUAUCGUGCUGAACUUUCCAGGACGCGAAGACACUUGGCAGAGUACACCCACAUAGAAGCCGAAUGCCCUUUUAUUACAUUUGAUGACUUACUGAACCGCCUUGAGGAUUUGGUAUGUGAUGUUGUAGAUCGUGUCUUGAAGUCAUCUGCUGGACCCUUGUUGUAUGAAGUCAACCCGGAUUUCAAACCUCCAAAGCGUCCCUUCAGACGAAUGAACUACACUGAUGCUAUUGUUUGGCUGAAAGAACAUGAUAUCAAAAAAGACGAUGGGACAUAUUACGAAUUUGGAGAGGAUAUCCCAGAAGCUCCUGAAAGAUUAAUGACCGAUACCAUUAAUGAACCAAUCUUGUUGUGCCGUUUCCCGGCAGAGAUAAAGUCAUUUUAUAUGCAACGUUGUCCUGAGGAUAGAAGGCUUACUGAAUCGGUUGAUGUGCUUAUGCCUAAUGUUGGUGAAAUCGUUGGAGGGUCAAUGCGUAUCUGGGACAGUGAUGAGUUGCUAGAAGGUUAUAAGAGAGAGGGCAUUGACUCAGCCCCUUACUACUGGUACACUGAUCAGGUAAGAAACAUUUUCUCUCUUCUGAUAUAA